GGCUCCUCCCGCCGCGAUGGCGGCGGCGGCGGCGGACUACGAGGCGGUGCUGUGCGUGAAGCCGGCCGUGCACGUCUACCGCCUGCCCCCGCGGGCCUCCAACCGCGGCUACAGGGCCGCCGAGUGGCAGCUGGAGCGGCCGGCGUGGAGCGGCAGGCUGCGCCUCACCGCCCGGGGCACCACCGCCUUCAUCCGCCUGGAGGACAAGGCCUCGGGAGAGCUUUUUGCCCAGGCGCCCGUGGAGCAGUUCCCCGGCAUCGCCGUGGAGAGCGUGACGGACUCCAGCAGAUAUUUCGUCAUCCGCAUCGAGGACGGCAACGGCCGCCGUGCUUUUAUUGGAGUCGGAUUUGUCGACCGAGGCGAUGCUUUUGACUUCAACGUAGCGCUGCAGGACCAUUUUAAGUGGGUGAAGCAGCAGAGCGAGCUGGCCAAGGAGGCCGAGAACCCUGACCAGGGACCCAAACUGGACCUGGGCUUCAAGGAGGGGCAGACCAUCAAACUGAACAUUGCGAAUAUGAAGAAAAAGGAAGGAGCAACGGGGAACACCAGGCCGCGUCCCGCAGGUCCUGGGGGCCUGAGCUUGCUCCCGCCACCUCCUGGAGGAAAAUCUUCCUCUUUUCCUCCUGGAGAGCAGCCGCCGUCGUCCUCGCUGUCUGCGCCUGUCCAGCUCCCAGGCACGCCCAUCACAGACUCCCUCCUGUCCUGGCCGCAGCCCGCUGCUGCUCCCGCUGCCCCCUCCACCGACGUCUGGGGCGACUUCGCCAAAGCUUCAGGGUCAGCGUCCAACCAGACACAGGCCAGCUCCGGCUGGGUGCAGUUCUGAGCCAGCCCUGCUCUGCCCUGCGCGGCUGCUGGGGGAGGAUCACGCGGAUUCCACGGGACCAAAGCAGGGGAGGGAAGCGCUCCCGCACCCUUCCCCUCAGAGCUAGCGUGCUGCUUCGGGACACCCUGCACCUCGUUCGUACUCCCCUAGUCCUCCCAGGCAAGAAGUGAGACCCCAAAGCCCGGCGCUGGGGUUAAAAUGCAGAAGUAGGAGCUGGAGAGCAAAGCAGUGCGUGCCUUAAAACACUCGGUGCCAGCGCUCCCAGACCUGGGGGCCCUUGAUUUUCUGCCUGGCUCACGGCGAACCUGGGAGGCUUCCGUGCUCACAGCUGUGCCUUCCUUCCCCUCUUACUGCACUAACUGCGCGUCCUGCUCUGCGU